AUGCUUGAAGUGAUUGAAGUGACUGAUGUACCUCCAAAUACUCCAGAUCCAAAAAUCUUGGAUAAAUGGACACAAACGGAUGUUAAGAAUCAUUUUAGGAAUCAAUUUGUAUCAAAAAUGCGUCGAUAUAACAUUACUCAUUAUGAAUUGGAAAGUUUUUUAUCUCAAAAACUAAUCGGAAGGGAUUUACUUUACGUCACAUUUGAUGUAACUUAUUCUUUUGGAAUGAGUUAUGGUUCGGCUAGGAGAAUUUUUGAAGAAAUUGAGAGAUUGAAACGUAUGGCAAUAAUUAAAAAUAUUUCAAUCAUAUCUUUGAUAAUGCGUCUUCCGCUCUUUGCCAAGUUAAGAUGUCUUCUUGAAUGA